AUGACAUUCAGCCUCGAUGAUAUUCCAGAUCAGACUGGCAAGGUCGGCGUAGUCAGCGGUGGCAAUGCUGGCAUUGGCUACGAAACCGUCAAAGCUCUGGCAAGCAAGGGCAUGAAGGUCUACAUGGCAUCUCGCAAUCAGAGCAAGGCAGAAGCGGCCAUCAAGAAGCUUGUGGACGAAGUUCCAGCUGCCAAAGGACGCGUCGAAUUCCUUCAGCUGGACCUGACGAGCCUCAAGGGCAGUCAUGCAUCCGCCGAAGCGCUCGCCGCCAAGACUGAUAAGCUCUCACUCAUCGUCAACAACGCAGGCGUCAUGGCGAACCCGUAUUCACUAACCACCGAUGGACUCGAGAUUCAGACAGCGACCAAUCACUUCGGACCUUUCGUAUUCACGCAGACACUGUUACCACUUCUCGAGAAGACCGCCCAGUCGACGAAUGAGCCCGUAAGGAUCGUCAAUCUUUCUUCGGUCGCGCACACGAUGACCGCGUUCGGCAAGCCCGACUUUCGAUCUGUCAAGUCAGCAAACGCGACUUUUGGACCGUCCAUCCUCGGCGCGUGGCGUAGAUACGGCCAGAGCAAAGCCUGCCAGAUCUUAUACUCGAUCGAGUUCAAUAAGCGAUACGCCGAAAAGAAGAUCUACAUGCUUAGCGCACAUCCAGGCCUCAUUGACUCCGGUCUCUGGGUAAAUUCGCCAAUCAUGAGCGCCUUCCUCAAGCGAACGGUCUUCCUCUCACCUGCCGAAGGUGCCCUCGAUUCGCUAUAUGCUGCCACAUCGCCAGAGGUCAUCUCCAAAGAUCUCCGGGGCGCUUACAUUACGCCCAUAGCGAAAGUGUCUACUCCCUCGAGAAAUGCUCGCGAUCCGGAACUGGCCAAGCAAUUAUGGUCACUCAGUAGCCAACUACUCCAGGAGAAGAGCGGUCACACCUCAUAG